AUGGCUGACAUGACUUUUGACGAGACGGCGGGCAGCAGCGGCAGCGGCCGAAGCAGGAAGGGUGACUACGGGCUCCUUCAAAGGGCCGAGAUUACUUGCAACUAUCUACACAGCAACUCAACCACCCACGAGUUUCUGUUUGGAGCCAUGGCCGAGAUGGUGGACAAUGCGAGGGAUGCGGAGGCAUCGAGGAUGAACAUAUUUUCAGUGGAUGGGGACUUCCGUGGGGGGUACAUCCUGUGCUUCCUAGACAACGGCCAUGGCAUGAACCCGAGCGAUCUGGCAAACGUGAUGAAGUUUGGAAAAUCCACUAAGCGCACCACGGCCCACAUCGGGCGCUAUGGGAACGGACUCAAGUCGGGAACGAUGCGGAUCGGGAGGGACAUGAUCAUUCUCACGAAGCAGGCGGCCACCAUGAGCUGCCUCCUCCUGUCCCGCGCCUUCCACGAGGAGGAGAAGAUUGAAGAGGUCAUAAUUCCACUCCCAUCGUGGAGGAACGACGACAUGGAGGUCAUCUUGUCAAAUGCGCAGAGAUAUCAAACGGAGAUGGACAUUAUCUUCAGGUACUCGCCAUUCAAAUCCCAGGAAAUACUGAAGCAGCAGUUCAAGAAGAUUCAUGGAUCUUCCGGAACCCUCGUCAUGGUCUACAACCUCAUGCUGAUGGAUGACGGGGAGUCUGAGCUGGACAUCACCUCUGAUCCUCAGGACAUCCUCAUGCGGGGCGUGCAGAGGGACUUGAGCACCCCUCCGGAGCGGGUGUCGUUCCGCGCGUACCUUGCCACCCUCUACCUGAAGCCGCGUAUGCGCCUCUACCUGCAGCACCAAAAGGUCAUCACCAAGAGGCUGGACCACGACCUCUACAGACCCUGCAUGUAUAAGUUUGAGUCGUGCCGGUUCCGGGCCCAGGCUGAGAAGGAAACCAAGCAGAAGUCGCAGGAAGUGAAACUGGCGGAGGAGAAGGCCCGUGAGUUGGAGAGCCAGGCCCGAGAACUGGAAAGGAAACUUGACUUUGACAUGGGGCAGAACGCCAGGGCACAGGUCCGCCAGGCUCAGGUCGCAGCCUCUGAGCAGCAGUGUGAGCUGCAACACCUCCGCAACGAGUUGCAGCAAAACCUGGGGAAUCUACGCAGGCCCAAGCAGCUCUGUUUUGUGCUAGGGCUGAAUGUUGAGAGGAGACACCACGACGGUGCCUGCAUCUACACCAGCGGCCGCCUCAUCCGCAUGUACGACCACUUGGGCCCUCGGUCUACCUCAGGCAGGGGGUGUGGCGGCGUGGUGGCGGUGGUCGACUUGCCCUGCAUGGUACUGGAGCCGACGCACAACAAGCAGGGCUUUACCGACUCCACUGAGGUCACCUUGCUGCUUCGGGCGCUCGCGGAGCACGUGGAGCACUACCGCAGGAUGCUGGGCAUCGCCGGCAACGAUGUCUCCAAGUUCUGGGCUAGGUUUGGGUACCUGAGCCGGGGGGACUGGGUCCAGGUCCCCAGCUCGGAGCCUCAGUACCGCCGCUGUAGAGCCAUAGAAGUACCGACCAACGUGCAGUGCGACACGUGUCUCAAGUGGCGCUCACUUCCCUUCUGCUCGGAAGACCUCCACAACCCUUUCCCGGAAGUCUGGGUUUGCUCCAUGAACCCCGACCCCAGGGACAACCGUUGCGAGGCUGUGGAACAGGACCCUCACAUUCCCCUGCAGAUCAUGAAGCAAAAGGUUGCGCGUAGUUCUGGCGGCAGCUCGCACGCUUGCAGAGACAGCCCCAGCACCUCCUGUGGCUCCACAGCUCGGGGGAAGAAGCGACGGAUAACGACGAGGAACGAAGAAGCGAGCGUUACGGUCAUCAUUUCUAGCAGCUCGGAAACAGAACAAGGAGGAGGAGAAGAGAGCGACACCUCUUCUGAUCCCAAGCGCAGAUCCCAGCAGAGCAAGGAGCGUAACGAGACGACACGGACAGAGGCCGGCGUGUCGCGUGACGCCGAUGUCGUGACUGGGAUAUCCGACCUCUUCAGGAAUUGUCUGGAGUUCCUGUGGUUCCCCGAAUACCACAUUUCUCUGGACAACAUCCGCACCAUGAGCGUGGAAGAACUCAACGCUUUUCCACUGGUGCAGCUGUUGCAGAUGUACCAGCAGAGGAUGUUUCAAAUUAUGGAGCAGGUGGUGGUGCAGAACCAGCAGCACCUUGAGGAGCAGCUAUGCUGCUUCCGCGAGAAAGUGCGAGUGCUUAGAAGCGUCAUGGUGAAGGACGAAAAUCCCGUCGACAACACGGACGCCGGCACGGACGCCUUCUUCGCGCGACUGGUCGCAACCUAUGCGCAGACGGCAGAAUCCAAGCGGUCGAGCGAUGACGCAGGGGGGAAGGAUGACACGGGAGGGGGGGGGGAGGCCCACGCCCAGGAGGGCCCCCACACCGUGCUUUUCGCUGACUAUGAGGAGGAGGGGCAGGAGAACGAUGCUGCGUCCCCGCUCAGCCUGGGCCCACAGGACAGGCCCACGGUGGAUGUGCAGACCCUGCAGGACGUGACGAUGGAUGUGCCGGUGGCGGAGUAGAAGGUCGUGGAGGUUCUGUUAGAGGAGAUAGACCCCCUUCCCCUGCAUAAUUAGCCCUCCCACCCCCUCAUACGAUUAACAUUUGUGCACUAGUAGCAUCUAAAUGCAAGCGGGUCU